GUUGCCGUUGUUUUGUAUUGUGCCAUUUUGUACCAUACAAGUACCAUAUAAUAUCUUUAAUUUCGUCCACAGAAAACUUAAUUGUUUUAAAAUGCUAAUAAUGUUUGAUGGUCGGUGAAGAUUCAUUGCCAAAGUUAUCGUAAAGUGUUAUAAUGUGGGUUAAGCCGCAGGAAGUGUUUAUAAAAACUGCGUUGUGGGAUAGUGAUGAAACGACGCUAUAUUUCGUACUUCAGAGACGGAAAGGGCAUGGCAAGUCGGCGGGGCUGUCUUCGUUGCUCGUUAGUACGUUUGACAGUGUCCGAGAUACAAAGCCUGCUCCAUACCGGAUACUCCACCAAACUCCCAAUUCGGAAAUAUAUUAUGUUAUAUCAUCAGCCCUAACGGAGCAAGAUAUUCGUCAAGAUUGGCAGUGGUUGCUUGACAAUGUUUGCCCCACACUACACUCCUUUGAUACUGAGGAGGAGAUCACCGAGUUUGUUUGUUGUAAAAUUAACUCGAUCAUUGCUACGGAACAAGAAAACUUUACAGAAGACGAGGAUACAAUAACAUACAAAAAUUUUGUGUAUGAGUUCCACCAAAGGUUUGGAAUGCCAAAAGAUGAAAAAUUGGUGUGUUAUUACUCCUGUAGUUACUGGAAAAGCAAAAUGCCUAGACAAGGCUGGAUAUACCUGUCCGUCCACUACAUGUGCUUCUACUCCAACAUAUUCGGACACAAGACCUCAAUCAAGAUCCGAUGGGCCGAUGUGACAGAGCUAGCCAAGACCAACAGUUUACUGUUUCCGGACUCUAUCAAAGUGGUGACGAGAGAUGCGGAGCAUUACUUUACCUUGUUUUUAAAGAAAAAUGAGACAUAUGCACUUAUGCAGCAGUUAGCGAAUAUUGCAAUGAAACAGUUGAUCGAUGACAAACCAGGUAGCUUCAAUAUAGACAAGGACCUUCUAACGAAACUCAGCAAAAACGUACCAAAGAAACCCUCCUUCUUAAAACGAGACCUGGACGCGAGAAAGCAGUCUAAUCUCUACACGCUAAGGUUCAGAUUGCCGCAGACGGAAAAGCUGGACGGGUCCGAAGAGUGUUCCCUGUGGACGCCUUAUAAUAAAAGGCAUAACUGGGGGCGGCUGUACUUAUCGCAGAAUUUCAUUUGUUUUGAUAGUCGGGUGCGUAACCUGGUUCGUCUAACGAUCCCCCUGCGCACCGUGCACCAAGUGGAGCGAGCAGACUCGGGCGGCACGGGCAGCUCGGACUCGGGCAGUAUCCUCAUCACCACCGCGCACCACACCAGCUUCCUCUUCGGGAACAUCUCCGACCGCGAGUUCCUGGUGCACAAGAUCUCAGAGCUGCUAGCGAAGCUGCCCAAUGAUGUGUACAGGGAGAAGCCACACAAGAAGACCGAGGAGCCGUCGUGGGUGCCGCAGCCGCCGCUCAUGUCGCUGUUCCUGACGCAGCAGACUUCGCCCAUCAAGCAGAUACAGCAGAAAAAGGAGAAACAAUGGGAAGACCACAUGACAGACGUCGGUCGCGGUAUAAGCAUGUACCAAACCACCGCCGGCAGCGAGUUGGUCAUCAACGGCAUACCAGAGUCCCUUCGAGGCGAACUAUGGAGCGUCUUCUCUGGCUCCAUAUUACAGAAGACCCAGAAUAAGGGACUAUAUGAACGGCUCGUGAAUGAAGCGUUAUCUUCCAAGAAUCAGGCGAAUGAUGAAAUUGAAAGGGAUUUGCAUCGGUCGCUGCCCGAGCAUCCGGCUUUUCAAGAUAAUGUUGGCAUUUCUGCACUCCGUCGCGUCCUCUGCGCAUACGCACUCAAGAACCCGACCAUCGGCUACUGCCAAGCCAUGAACAUCGUGGCUUCAGUAUUGCUUAUAUACUGUCCCGAAGAGCAAGCGUUCUGGCUGCUGGCCACCAUCUGCGAGACGCUACUGCCGGAUUAUUACAAUACGAGGGUCGUUGGUGCUUUGGUCGACCAAGGCGUACUAGAAGAGCUAACCGAGGCCCACCUUCCCGAGCUCCACGCGAAGUUAGACGAGCUCGGCAUGAUGAACAUGAUCUCCCUGUCCUGGUUCCUCACGCUGUUCAUCAGCGUCAUGCCCUACGAGUGCGCCGUCAACGUCAUGGAUUGUUUCUUCUACGACGGAGCUAAGGUCAUCUUUCAGGUGACUCUAAAAAUUCUAGAUAUCAACCGAGACAAGUUGCUCAAAUGUACAGAAGACGGGCAGGCAAUGCAGGUGCUCAAUGACUACCUGAAGGGCAUCUACAAUGAUGAAGCCAUGGCGUUAUCCACCGAGCCGAGGACCGCUGAGAAGAGCGUCAAAAUCCAAGACAUCAUCUACCAGUCGUACCGCUCAUACGGGCAGAGCGUAACACCAGAAUGCAUAGAACAUCUUCGGCUGAAGCACCGUCUCCGAGUGGUUCGGCAGUUAGAAGACAGCCUCGAGAGGAACACGCUGCGAGCGCUGCAGAUGGACCGGCUGCUGGAGCCGCAAGAACUGCAGGAACUACUAAGUAUAAUCCGUGAAGAGCUCCUCUGGGCUAAACGCGUGCCGUGCGAGCGACUAGAAGCCCCAUACGAAGCGUAUAGACUCGACUACACACAGUUCAAGAACCUGUUCACUGCUCUGUCGUCGUGGGGGAAGGGGGAGUGCGCUGAGGCCAUCACUGCUAGGAUGUUUAAGCUAAUGGACAACGACAGCGACGGGUUCGUGUCGGCCCGCGGGCUGUCGCUGGCGCUGGGCGUGAGCGCGCGCGCGGAGGCGGCGCGGCGGCUGCGCGUGCUGUACUGCGCGCACGCGCCGCCGCUGCUGGCGCGGGAGGAGCUCGAGCUGCACGACGCCAGGGCCGCCGGGGCCGCCGGGGCCGCCGGGGCCGCGGCCGGCGCCGAGCUCGCCGCCGAUGCCAUCUCCUUCUUCGACAGUGUAGAAAACCCGUCCGGAUCUGAACCUUUACCUCAAGAGCUGCAGCGGUCUAUAAGCGACGUCGGUGACGCCGGCUACAUGGACAAAUCCAGCGACAGCUCCAACACCCUAUCAGCAACGAGCGUGGACCCUAUAGCGGAAUCCAUCCGCGCCUGCGCCUGGUCCGGCAUCGGGCCCGGGCCCGGGUCCGGCGCGUCCACGCCCGGCGCCGGCGCCGGCGCCGGCACGUCGCCGCCCGCCGCCCCGCCGCUGCCCCGCGCGCACUUCCUGCAGCUGCUGGCCGCCAUACACUCGCUCACGCUGCAUAAAGACCAGUUGUAUGAGGCGGCCGUGCAAGCUGGUACGCUCCUGUUGAAGAUGGGCGAAUGGAACCACCGAAGGGCGAGCCUGGACCGCGAGAUAUCACAAGACAGCCUGUUCUUAGCAGCAGCCGAAAAGCAGCCCGCGAUGCGUCAGAUGGAUCCCAACGGCAACACAACUUCCGAUCAAGAAACUGAGCCAUCCCCGUCAAAGGAAACCGAACCUUCGACGGACGAAGAAUGGUCCAUUUCCCUCGAGCAGUUCCUCGCCACAAUGCUCUCACAGGAACCUCUAGAAGCGUUCUUCAACGAGAAAGUAUCCAUAUUACCUGAUUUAGAAGCCUUAAAACAAAGAGACAGGCUUCAGUCGAUGUCGUGAAGGUUUUUGUGAACUAUAAAUGCAUUUUUUUCUAAUUAUGAAAGAGAUUUAAUGAGGCCUUUUGCGCAAUACUAUAUGCAUUGUAAAUAUUUCCACGUCAUGUUAGAGCGGUUAUCGUUUGAUGCUAAAAUAAAUUGUUAAACGUAUGACCACAGAAUAAAUAAUAGUACUACCGUACAGAAAGGAAACUUCCUAUAAAACCGAAGUUUGACAGCGGUUCAGGGACGACUCAUGCUGUCCUUUUCUAAUACAUAUAUGCAACUAUCCCUUUCGACUAUUUAGGGUUGUCAAAAUUCAAGUCAUUUUCUUAUCUGUGGUCGUGCACGCAAAGGGACGUCUAUUUGUGUCAGCCCUAAUAAUUGCUCGGAGCAAUGCUAAGCCGAACGGAGCCGAGAAUACGCGAAAGGAGGAGUUUCGCACCCCUCGUAUGACAACGAGUAUUAUGGAAUGGACCCAUUGACCAAGCAAAGGGUUUUUGCGACUAUAAUCGCUACCGCCAUGUACUUGUAUUUCGGUACCUAUCAGUUUACCAGUAGUAUGUACUUUAUUUCCUAAUAGCAAUGAUUCAUUGAUUUGUAUGAGAGUUAACAUAGUCUGUCAAGCGAUUUCAGUCAGUAGUAAAAAAAGCGCCAUUUUUUAAAACCGGCCAUGUGCGAGUCGGACUCGCGCACGGGGUUCCGUACCAUUACGCAAAAACCAGCAAAAAAACACGUUGUAUGGGAGCCUCACUUAAAUAUUUAUUUUAUUCUGUUUUUAGUAUUUGUUGUUAUAGCGGCAACAGAAAUACAUCAUCUGUGAAAAUUUCAACUGUCUAGCUAUCACGGUUCUAGAGAUACAGCCUGGUGACAGACGGACAGGCAGACAGACAGCGGAGUCUUAUUAAUAGGGUCCCGUUUUUACCCUUUGAGUACGGAACCAUAAAAUGUAGGCGCGAAGGGUAAUCGUUCCAUAAAAAAAAAAUCGCGCCUUUUUCUACUGACAAAGUCGUUUAACCGGCUAUAGUAAGGUUGGUAUUCCAUCUGCCCAACAUCUUGGUCCAAUGUGUAUUUGCGUCUCACAUUUUGCUUAAUGAGAGAGUGAGACGCAAUGCACAUUGGACAAGUGGAAUACCGCCCUAAGACAAAUUCGUGCUUUGAAUUUGACAGCUUAUGUAGAGGGCGCUGUACGGCUCCGUAAAUAGGGAAUAUUACGCAAAACUCUACAUAGAGGGCGUCACUAGCACAAUCACGGGGCCUACCUCGAAACACGUAUUUCUAAAGUUCGGUUUCUGCAUCUCUAUCACUCUUGCAUAUUCGAUCGAUAGAGAGGCAGAUAACAAUAUUUCGAUUUUCGCGUUACGCGGUAGGCCACCUGUACACAAACCGCCUUGAUGCAUCAAUGUCAUAGUGUAGACUUGUCAAAAAACUGUAUAAGGCUUAGUAUGUAAAUGUUACUCUAUGGUUUAGUAUGUGCACUAGUGCUGCACUCUGGCGGCAGAACAUCGCAGUAAUACUCCCUAUUAUACAGCUGUCGUUGAAAGUUUCCGUUUGACAAUUCUGCUACAACAAAACAGCUAGCGAUGUAUAGCGACAUCUUGUUCAGCCUCGGGGGCACGAUUUUUUCUUUGCCUUUAAUUAUACAUCGCAUACGAUGAAUGAAUCUUUGGUAAUGGUAUCGUAUCCGAAACAAUCUCUAUUUUGAAGAGUAGGUGUUUUUAUGGCGAACUCCUACCGUAUUGACCUGUUACUUGUGUUAGUAACAUACGUGCGAAUAUUCGUCUAUUUUACUGAUUAGUGUAACAUUAUCUUUUAAUUCUUAAGAGUCCCCGGCAAGCUGGGCCGAAUUGCACCUUCCCAUACAAACGUAGUUCCGCUCUCAUUUUAAAACUACUUGUUGGAUUGUAAUGAAACUUUGCACAUACAAUGACGUGAGGUAUAUCUAGGUCUGUAAUUAGUUUAUA